CUGGUUAUCAAAGUCAAGUAUGGAUUUUUUAAUGUGAUUACUUUCAAAUAGUUUAUUUUCAUUUUUCUUCUUCAGUUGUAUACCCAGAUAUCGAGAUUACGUUGUCAUGUUCACGUAGCUUAUAUAUAUUUCAAUAAACAUGCGAAUUUAAUGAAAGUCUCUCUGUAAAUUCAUAUGAAUUUCACACAAUUCUGCAUAAAAGAGGCCAUAAAGACACAUGAAAAAAAAAAUCGGAAUUAAAAUAAAUAAGACGAAACAAUGAGGACAAUAGAAUGGCAUUUUAUUAUUUUAAGCCUAAUUGUGUCAAAAACGUGUUAAUUAAUAUAAUAAAAUGUGCAUUUCUGUCAAAUUAAAUGAAUCAGGAAUUGAGGAAAACUCGAUGGUGUUUGGGGUGUGUUUUACUCAGGUGUAUUGUGGAGCUCUGGGAUUGGUCCUGCUCUUUCUGCCCUCUCCUGCUUUCGGGGCUGAGGUUCAAAAUCUCAAGAAUAUAACUGAUCACCUUAACAAAUCCUAUGGUAUUGAUGGUCAGUACGCUCUGGGCAUUAAUGUCCUAGCUAAAUAUUGUGCGCAAGGUGCCAGCCUCGACCAGAACUUCCUCUCUGGCGACGAAGCAAAUAAAGUGAAGAGCGACAUGAACAGUGAAGAAUGUAUUUACAUUGGUAAUGAGCUGGUUGGUGCCAGACCAAAACGAAAAAAUUCUAAAAGAAACAUCCACUCUGAGUCCCUGUUGCUGAGAAUCCCUGUUGCUGAGAAUCCCUCGCCCAUGCAAGACCUCCUGAAUAGACGGAAAGAUGGCUGCACGGUUUUCUACACCUUCAACUCCCCCUGUGUGCAAACCUGCUCAACACCUAACGGAAACCACAGCAUCAUCCCAGCUCUCGACAUGUUCAAGACGCACACGGGUCCAAAAGCCUUUGUUUUCAGUGAGAUUUGGAAACAUGAUGUUGGUAAGAAUCAAUGGGAGCAAAACAUACUUGAGAUAAACAAUAGAAUUCCACUUUAUCGCUGUGACAACGCCGGAUGCGUCCGUUGCGUCGAGAAUAACAGAGUUGACUCUUGGUGCAAAGCCAAUUAAAUAAGAUUAAAUAAAAUUGCUUAAGAAUAGAAUGCAUGAGACAAAUCUGCUGAAAAAACAAACUUGCUUUUGCUAUCCCUAUUAUACAUUUAUCGAUAAAGAUGGGAGCAUUUAAUCAGUUGGGACCCUUUUUCAUAUCUUUCGUCAAAACAUUGCUCCACUUUUACCUUGAAAUAUCUUCACAGUCUGUAUUU